UACCAUUUAUACAUACCAAAUAUAUCUUUCAUGUUCCCCACUUCGACUGUAAAAAGUGUAUAAAAUCAAAGUGCAGGAGCUAGGGUUUCUAUCAAUUGCAAAAAUGGAGGGAUUAGUUUCAAUGAAAACAGCUCCUGGAAUUUCCUUUCAAUCUAUUCCUUCCCCUAAUCAGCGACCUAAUUUCUUCCUCAGACGCUCAAUGGACCUUCAGCAUCGGCGAUUCCAUUUUCCCUCCAUUCGAGCUCAACAGUCGGGGACGAUAUUUCCGCGAAAAGAAGACGAGGAAGAUUCUUUGAAGGUAAAGGAAUGGGAAGUUGGAAUGUUGCAAAACGAAGUCGCAGCGAGUCAAGGGAUUAGAAUACGGCGGCGUCCACCGUCGGGUCCGCCUUUGCAUUACGUGGGUCCCUUCGAAUUCCGUUUACAGAAUGAGGGAAACACUCCUCGUAACAUUCUUGAAGAAAUAGUUUGGCACAAAGAUGUGGAAGUUUCCCAAAUGAAAGAGAAGAAGCCUUUGCUUUCAUUGAAGAAGGUUAUCGAGAAUUCACCUCCAACUAGAGAUUUCGUCGGGGCUCUUAAAGCGGCACAUUUGCAGACUGGAUUGCCUGGUUUAAUUGCUGAAGUUAAGAAGGCUUCGCCUAGCAGAGGAAUUCUCAGAGAGAAUUUUGACCCAGUUGAGAUAGCUAGAGCAUAUGAGAAGGGUGGAGCCGCUUGUCUGAGUGUUUUGACUGAUGAAAAGUAUUUUAAGGGAAGCUUUGAAAAUUUGGAGGCAAUACGUAAUGCUGGAGUAAAGUGUCCUCUAUUGUGCAAAGAAUUUGUGAUAGAUGCAUGGCAGAUAUAUUAUGCUCGAAUUAAAGGAGCAGAUGCUAUACUUCUAAUUGCUGCUGUUUUGCCCGAUCUUGACAUCAGAUACAUGAUUAAAAUCUGCAAAAUGCUUGGUUUGGCAGCUCUUGUAGAGGUGCAUGAUGAGAGGGAAAUGGACCGCGUUCUUGGUAUAGAGGGGAUUGAACUUAUUGGUAUCAAUAAUCGUAACCUUGAAACAUUUGAGGUAGAUAUCAGUAACACAAAGAAGCUUCUUGAAGGAGAGCGUGGCCAGAUGAUUCGCAAGAAAGAUAUAAUUGUUGUUGGAGAAUCGGGCCUUUUUACUCCUGAUGAUGUUGCUUAUGUCCGAGAAGCGGGUGUUAAAGCAGUUUUGGUUGGGGAGUCGAUAGUGAAGCAAAGCGACCCUGGAAAAGGAAUAAGUGGACUUUUUGGUAAAGACAUUUCGUUAUGAGUUCACACAGGGAAAAGUGGACUCUGGAUGUGUGCUUCCGAGACUUCAUUUACAAUUACUACAGUGCAGUUAAUCGAUCAGAAUCUUUCAGCAUGUUGAAUCCAUAUUUCCAAGUGGAGCAUCUUUACAUAAUCUUUGUACCUUGAUUAUAUAAAUUAUAAUACUAAUAGAAUAAAUUGCGGAUGUGCAUUUCUGUUCUCGUGUUUUUUAAUCAUUUACUUUUCCGUA